AUAGAUGUGAGGCUGCUAAUAAUAACACACAGAUUCAGGGUUGAUUCAGUGACUGCGUUACAGAGCUGGUUUCAAGAUGAAACAAACAAACAGCUUUCAAGAAUUUCUAAAUUAUUUCAGGAUUGUAAAACUGUGUAAAAUGACUAAAUAACAGUGUUGUGAGCGUGAGUUCAGCUCUGGCUUCCUCUCUUCUCUGUGCUUGAGGUUUCAUAGUGUUUCCGCUCACAGUAUGAGAUGUUUGAAUGAUCACAGUAUAGAAGAUAAUCAUCUGGAUCAGACGAUGAGGAUCAUACAGCUUCACAUCUAUCUGUUGAUGUGGUCUCAAGCCACGGAGAGUGUAACAAACACAGCAGUAACUUUAGGAGCUGAUGUGAAUAUAAGCUGUGAUCUUGAUAUAAAGGAGAUUUACUGGUACAGACAGAAAUCACCAGAUCCUCCAGUGUUCAUCUUACGCACUUAUAAAAGCACUUUUGAAGGAGCUGAAUAUGAAAACAGCAUCUUUGAAGACAAAUACUCGGUGAAAACUAACAGCCGUCUGUUCAUCAGAAAUAUCAGCACUGAUGAAUUAGGAGUUUAUUAUUGUGUCAAAACUAGUGAACCACAAAAAUUCAGCAACGGCACCAAAAUCUACAUCAGCAACUCUGUCCAGAAGAAUCAGACUUCAGGAUCAGAGUCACAUGAUGCUCCACAAGACCAGAAAUCAUGGAUAAAUCUGACCAUCAUCAUCAUCAUCAUCAUCACUGCUUCUGUCAGCAUUGCUGUAAUAGGUUUGAUAAAGAGCUGCACAAACUCAAGCAGAGGAGGUAAAGAAAGCUUCAGGAGAGACGUGAAAGAGUCGCAGUUUGCUGAAGCUGUUUUGUUGAAGCAUCUCAGUGGCAGCAGAUCUUGUCAAACCGUGUGCAGCUUCUCUCUUCUUCAGUCAAUAACAGAUGAAGGAGCUUCAGAAGAGACAGAAAAGUGCUUUAGAUUUAAAUAAACAAAUGACAUUUCAUUUGUGUUUUGAAAACCUGACGCUGUGAAUAAAUUGUCUUUGUAAAAUAAAGCGGGGCUUCUGUGGAGCAACCACUGGAGGUCGCUGUUUUUAUUUUACACUCAAGAACAAAGUCAAGACGAAACUCAAGACUGAUAAACAUUUGUACAAACACUAUAUUCAGUAAAGAUUUGAGGUGUGAUGAAUAUUCGAUUAGUAGAGUCAAUUAGGAGAAGGCGAUUAGUCACCAGAAGAGACGGACGGCAGUGCCUUUUUUUUUUUUUUCACUCUAGACUGUGUAUUUGUUUGAGGUGUGUGCGCUGACGCGGAAGCGUCUGCGGAAGCGUUCAGCCGUCGUGUAAAGACCGAGGAGUGUAAAGACCUGCGACUUUUUCCUGUGCGACUUGAACCGAGCAACGACACCGAGCUACACACUUAAGUAUCUUUUUUUCCUUCCUCACUCUGCUCUCCUAUCCUCUUUCCUUCUACCUCUAUCAUGUGUCUCCAAAACAUUCCGGUUCUCUCUCAGCCACGCUCUAACAUCACUCGCAGACGGCAACGUAAUACUGCUAACCUACGCCCUAUCUCUACAUCUUCCACUACACCUCUGGCUUUCUCUGUGGGUCUCUGGAAUUGUCAGUCAGCCGUCAACAAAGCUGACUUCAUUUCUGCCUUUUCUUUAAAAUCCACUCUCAGCAUCUUGGGCUUGACUGAGACCUGGAUUCGUCCAGAAGACUCAGCAACCCCAG